UUUAGAAACUAUAGCAAACCAUUUACAUUCCGAACAUACUCGUCCAGUACGAGCGUCCCGUGGUCGCAUCCCCCCGCGCUACCUUGACGGCGCGGACAUAGAUGCGCUCGGAUAGCUUCGGCUUCUUUCGGCUCGCGCCGCUUAGGCGUCGAAGCGCCUACGACUUUUGGCCGGCUCGCACCCCGCGCAGUCCGCCACCAACCGGCGUGUGAUACACACAUAUAUAUGUAUGCUCGUUCCGCGCAGCCCCGCCAACAGCCGAGGCUAGUUAGUUUUAUACACGAAGUCUAUGUAUACCACGAAUCCUCCCGAUAACUGUGUUCGUUAGUGAUUAACUCUUUUUUGUAAUAAUUCUUAUAACUUUUUUUGUACUUUUCUGAUAAUGGUGUAGUGUGGUUAAGUUCUUUCUUCAUUAUACAAACGAAAUCAUAACCGGUGCGUUUAAUUGGAAACCCCACUCCCAUAUGUGGCGCCCCAACGUUUAUUUCGUGUGAUAAAACUAUUCCUACGCGGACAUAAGUGUGGUGCGAUAAAUAAGUGGACACUUGUAGUGACGAACUAUUUAGUUACCUACGUAGUUUUUACAAUGCCGAUAACAAGGAGCAGAGCCGCUAGUCUGACUCGCAGGGAUGAUACCCUCGAAGUAUUCCCCGACCCCUCGAGACCGACGACGCCGACGCCGACCGCGCCCGCCUAUCACCAAGAUGGCGGCGGCGCGUCUUCGCCGCGCACCGACAACAACAACGCUACGUUUUCCGCCGAUAACGUCGCGACUAUAAUUGCAUCUUUGCAACGCUCGCAGACGGAAGCGUUUAAAGAGCUGUUCGACUCGAUGAAUCGCGCAAACGCAUCUACUCCAGUCGCAUUGUUAGGGCAAAGCACCCUUACCCGCUGCAAGGCCACCUUCUCCGGCCGACCAAAAGAAUCGGUCGAAGCAUUUAUUGACGCCAUCGAAGCAUACAGCGAGUGCGCACAAGUGACGGACUCAAAUAUCGUCCGCGGACUUGCGUACCUAUUCAAGGACGAAGCCGCGACAUGGUGGCAAGGCAUUAAAGAAUCACAUUAUAAACACCCGACGCAACAACAUGCGCGCACACGCCACCCGAUCCCUGACUGCCAGAUCAACGUGUCGCCGGUGGUGGGGAGUUCCGUGUCCACCUGGAGCCAAGUAAAAGAAAAUCUAAUUAGUGCCUACGGGGACCGACGGCCACCGCCACGUAUUUAUUUAGAAAUAUUUUCCACUCCGCAACAACAACACGAAAAUACGGAUAUUUUCGUUGCACGUGUUCGCGCCCUAUUAGCGAGGUUGCCGAAGGGCGACGUAUCAGAGUCAGCACAGAUCGACAUGACGUACGCCCUGCUCCACAGCCGUAUACGCAAAAGAUUGCGGAGGGAGGAAAUUAAAAGUUUCACUGAGUUACUCCGCCUAGCACGGAAUAUCGAAGACGCGUACGAUCAAAAGCUCACGACGCCGAUAAGUGAUAACAGAGUGCAACAAAAUGUGCAACCGCCAUCCACAUCCGCACAUCAUAGUCAUCACGCUCCGCGCGCGCCGCCCGCUUCGUCGCAUAGCACGACCGUGCGCGCGCCGACCUCAAGUGUCGUGCACGCGCGCACGCCGACUUCGAGCGACGCGAUCCCGCCGCGCCGCUCGGCGCCCGCUCCGCCGACUCGCGACUCGCAGCGGCCCGCCUCGGUCAACAGGCAACGACCCGUCUGUUCGUAUUGUAAGCGAUACGGUCAUAUUAGGGACCAGUGCCGUAAGUUGGUGAACCAAGGUGAGCGUAUCCAAUCCACUAUAAACUCUGCGGAUAGUGAAACAUUUUACUGUACUGAUUUAUUUUCAUUUUAUUGUACUGAUUUUUUUUCAUGUAAAUAUUUACAAAAUGUUGUAUGUAGCGAUGCUACUACGGAACCCUCUGCUGGACGUAGUUUACGGCCUAUUUUUAAAAUUAAAAUUAUGAAUUUUAACGGUACUGCGUUAAUUGAUACGGCCGCAAAACGUUGCAUUGCGGGUCAUUCGCUAUAUACUCUCCUUCUAGGUCAGGGACAUUCUUUUAACUCCUCCUCACAGAACGUGAAGCUUGCGGAUGGUAUUAUUCGUACUAUGGACGUACUCACUACCACCUUAGAAGUACACUUAGAAUCAAAAGUGAUAACGGUUCCGUUUAUAGUUUUUCCCGACUCUACCAAUAAUGAAACAUUAUUGGGUAUUGAUUUUAUUACCGCCGCCGGAAUAGUUAUUGAUUUUGAUAAAGAUAUCUGGUAUUUUAGUAGCGAUGACAAUAUAAAAUACACCCUGUCCUAUGAACCUACGUCGCGUAGAGUGUCAUGCGCCUCUACAGAUAUACUAAGAGAUGACGAGGGCACUCAUCUUACGUCAGCUGAGCGACAGGCGCUCGCUGAUGUUCUUAACCGACACGCACACGUUUUUAGAGCAGGGGGAGGUCCGACUCCAUAUGCUGAGCACCGCAUAGAGACGGGGGAUCACCCACCUAUUGCUGUCCCUCCGUAUCGAUUAAAUCCGUCGAAGAAACAGCUGAUGAAAGCCGACACGCAGCAACCUGAUGUUGUCAUAGGCAGAUACCAUUCGCAAGACAUUACCCGUUACCACGGUAAUGAACACUCCUUCCCUCUUCCCGUCAUCCCUAAAAGGAAACGCGGACGUCCAACGGUUAGCAUACCAGUUCAGGAGCGAGGGCGUUCUCCAGAACUGGAGGGGGAGUGUAUAGCAAACCAUUUACAUUCCGAACAUACUCGUCCAGUACGAGCGUCCCGUGGUCGCAUCCCCCCGCGCUACCUUGACGGCGCGGACAUAGAUGCGCUCGGAUAGCUUCGGCUUCUUUCGGCUCGCGCCGCUUAGGCGUCGAAGCGCCUACGACUGUUGGCCGGCUCGCACCCCGCGCAGUCCGCCACCAACCGGCGUGUGAUACACACAUAUAUAUGUAUGCUCGUUCCGCGCAGCCCCGCCAAUAGCCGAGGCCGAGGCCGAUAACUGUGUUCGUUAGUGAUUAACUCUUUUUUGUAAUAAUUCUUAUAACUUUUUUUGUACUUUUCUGAUAAUGGUGUAGUGUGGUUAAGUUCUUUCUUCAUUAUACAAACGAAAUCAUAACCGGUGCGUUUAAUUGGAAACCCCACUCCCAUAAAACUUAAUUAGACGACUG